CGCAACUCCACCUGGAUUCCGGGAAGGGAAUAGAAGGACAAAAAAAACAAAAAGAGAGAGAGAACACGCACAAAACACCAUAACACAAGUAAAGGAGGUUUCUAACUUGGGAAAGCUACAAAAAUGGGAUCAAAGAAAUCAAAACCACAGCCUAUCCCAGACUUUGAAACACCGUGGAGGGACAUUGACUGGAACGAAAAGGAAGACUUGGAAGCCGAGUUAACAAACAUUCAGCUGAACCAUCCAGAGCUCAGAUUUGUCAGAAUCCUGCUGCAUGGACCAGUAGGAGCAGGAAAAUCCUGCUUCAUAAACUCAGUGCAAAGCGUCUUCCGUGGAGAGAUUAAAACCAAAGCGUUUGAACAAGCAAAUGCCAAAAAAAGCUGCACAAAAACAUACAAAUCUUACACCAUAACCGACAAAAAUGCUGUGAUUCUGCCAUUUGUCUUCAAUGAUGUUAUGGGCCUGGAAACACAAGAUGAAGACGGAAUUCAUCCAAAGGACAUUGUUAAUGCAAUGCUGGGCCAUAUAGAAGAUGGCUACAAGUUCAAUCCUAUUUCUCCCUUGAGUGAUGGGGAUCCAGGCUUCGUAAGAGAACCUAGCCUUGAGGACAAAGUUCACUGUCUGGUUAGUGUUGUGCCUGCAAGUUCCAUCUCGCGAAUGGAGACUGGCGUCAUCAACAAGAUGGACAAUGUUAGGAAGGAAGCCAUGAACCUGGGCAUCCCUCAUGUGGUGGUUAUGACCAAGGUCGAUGAUGACGUCUGCCCACUGGUCAACAAAGACCUAACACAGAUCUACAGAAGCAGGAAAAUCAAAGAGAAGAUGCUGGAGUCCAGCCACAGACUUGGUCCGCCCAUGAAAUGCAUCUUCCCUGUGAGCAACUAUCAUGAGGAAAGCAACAUGAACAACACUAAAGAUGUUCUCAUCCUAACGGCAUUACUGCAGAUCGUUAAAUCUGCGAAAGACUAUAUCGAAGAACAACACUAAUGAGUAAUCAGCCAGGCAUUUACUCUUUAUUAAGGAUAUAUGAUGAAAUUCUUGUUAUGAAUCAACUGCUUCUGAUUAUUAUAUGAUUGCAACAUUGAUAUAAAGUUCUUUUCAUAUUUGAACAAAAGUGGAAUAAUCAUGAAUUUAGCCUAUAUUAUUAUGGAUCGUUUAAAGGCUCAAACAAGGCAAAUGGAAUAAUGGCAUAAGAAAUAUGGUUAAGCUUGUUUAUCAGAUUGUUUUGUGUAGUUAAUCAUGAUUAAUUGAUUUCAUCUUGCUUUGGCAAUUUGACAAAAUAAAUAAAAUAAAGUUUUUUUUUGUUGUUUUUUCCAUUUAAAA